CUGAUAACUGUUUGUUGUUAUUGUCGUGGCAAAAAUAAAGAAAAAAUAGUUUCUUGCAAAAUUAAUACGAAAAAUUAUUAUUUUUUAACUAAAAUGGAUUUAGAAAGCGAAAGAAUAUUAAAAUUAAUUUUUCCAGAUGGCGUACCAGACAAUUUACGUGACAAUCCGGAAUUGUUCAAUUAUCUCAAUAAAUUGGGUUCAUACAAAGUGGAUCAAUUGAAAAAGGAGCAGACCCGUUUAACAGAAGAAACUAAACAUAUUGUAGAACAGACACAAGACUUGGCUAUUUCCAAUUACAAAACAUUUAUUAAAACUGCUGAAAAUUCACGUUCAAUUUACAGUGAAUUCAAGAAUGCCGAGUCCCAGGUGGAAACUUUAAUUGAUAAAUUGCCAGAAUUAAUUGAUAAAUGCGAAAAUUUCCAAGGUGAAUCCGUGGAUAUUAACGAGCAACGUCGUUUGAAUUCUAUAACUUUAAAAAAGAAUGCUCAAUUACUGGAGAUUUUAGAGCUGCCUCAGCUUAUGGAGCGCUGCAUACGAGAGGGUAGAUAUGAAGAAGCUUUAGAGUUGGCUAGCUAUGUACAAAAGAUGGGAGAAAACCAGGGUCACAUUCCAAUAAUUAAGAGUAUUGUUAAUUCCGUGGAAAUGUUAUGGCAUACAAUGUUGGUACAACUUGUGGCUCAAUUGCGAACAGAUUUACAAUUGCCCAAGUGUUUACAAAUUGUUGGUUAUCUACGUAGAAUGCAGGCUUUCGGUACUAAUGAACUUAAACUGAAAUUUUUACAAGCUAGAGAUGCCUGGUUGACCAAUUCGUUGAAGGCUAUACCUAUUGAUGAUGCUCAACAACACUUAAACAAAACGAUAGAAGUAACUCGCGUAAAUCUCUUCAAUAUUAUCAAUCAAUACAAAGCGAUAUUCCCAGAAGAAGAUGCCUCAGAGACUUUAUCAACUUCAGCAACAAACCAAAAACCUUUACAGGGUGUAAGUUGUGACGGAUCACGCAUAUUUCAGUCGUGGUUACAUGAAAAAAUUACUGACUUUUUAAAAACUUUAGAGUUUGACUUGCAGCGUGGCAUAGUACUAUUCGAUACUGUUUUGGGGCAAUGCAUGUAUUUUGGUUUGUCUUUUAGUCGUGUUGGUGCCGACUUCAGAGCACUUAUGGUGCCAAUAUUUGUUAAAGUAAUUAAAGAGAAAUUUCUAACUGCAAUUGCAGUAGUAAAUCAAAAUUUCGAAAAAGAAUUGGAGAAAUAUACUCUAAUAAACAAAGUAACAGUUCAUAACAGAAAUUCUUCAGCUAACAGUGAUGUAAACGAUUUGGAAUCUUAUUCGCCGCCAGAAACUCUGUUAGAUUUUCAUCCCUUGGCAGCUUUGUGUAAUGGCUAUUUGAAUGCUCUUAAUGACUUGCGUUUGUGUGCUCCAACUGCUUUGGCAAAUGAUGUUACCAAUAGUUUGCAACAAUCUCUAGAAAUGGUGGCCAAAAGAAUUUUAGCCUUCUAUCGCCAGGAACAACAAGCCUUCACAGCCAAUGAAAGAGACACAUUUACCAAGCUGUGUGGAUGUUUUGCCUAUGAUUUAAUGCCCUAUCUUCAGCGUUGCAUACAUGCCAUAUUUCCACCCAGUGUCUUAAGCAGCCAUUUGGGUUUAAAUUUAAAUAAUCUAGAGAAUACAAAAAUAACUUAUUUACAGCAAAAAGUUAUUUUGGAGCCACUAAAACAUUUAUUACCCCACAAAAAUGAUGGAUAUAUGAAAGCUGAAGCACCAAAGGCAGUAGAAUUCAAUGUGGCUGUAACAGCCGAAGGUUAAACAUAUAAAUAAUUAUUUAAUAAAAUUUACAGUAUAAGGCAAUAAAUAAUCGACUAAA